AUGACCAACAUACGUUGGUCAUUGGCUAUUUGGUCAAUAGCUUUAAUAGGGGCACAAGUGCCUCCUCCGACAUCGCCAAACUUUGCAACUGAUGUUUCACCUCUCCUUUUUGUGAGUUUUAAACGAUUUAGUAAAAAAAAAGAGGGCUCAUCCAGAAUAGCCCCCCCCAUACCGUUUAACACCCCCAACCGCCAGUUCGCACCCCCACUGAAACCCCCAAUCUCCAACUCCAGGUCAACCCGACUUGGCCGAACGAUAUCGGCAAUGUUCGGAGUUGAAGGUUGAGGGUCGCGCGAGAGAGUGCUGGUCUACUGACUGGCCAGGGCGGUGAACGGAGGAGCAGAAUGAAGAAUUUGCAAAAUCUGCUGCCUUUUAUACGCAUUAUCAUUGAUUUCGUAAAGGUCAAUUUAAAAAAUGAAUAAUUUUUGACUUUUUAUGUGCCGGUUGUAUAUUUCAUUUUCUGGGGGUGUGAAAUACAAUGGUGGGGGUGCGAUCUACAGUGGGUGGGGGUGAUAUCUACAGUGGGUGGGGGUGCGAUCUACAGUGGGUGGGGGUGCGAUCUACAGUGGGUGGGGGUGCGAUCUACAGUGGGUGGGGGCGCGAUCUACAGUGGGUGGGGGUGAUAUCUACAGUGGGUGGGGGUGCGAUCUACAGUGGGUGGGGGUGCUACCUACAGUGGGUGGGGGUGCGAUCUACAGUGGGUGGGGGUGCGAUCUACAGUGGGUGGGGGUGCUAUCUACAGUGGAUGGGGGUGCGAUCUACGGCGGGUGGGGGUGCUAUCUACAGUGGGUGGGGGUGCUAUCUACAGUGGGUGGGGUGCUAUCUACAGCGUAGGGGGUGUAAACUACAUUGAUGGGGGUGCGAAGUAAAAUGGAACCAUUAGUUCAAAAUUGAAAUUUAUGUGAAAAGUCGCAAGAGAAAAAAAAGAAAUCUUUAAUUUGCUUUUUGAAAAUGAAUUUUGGAGGUAUGUUCUGGUUGACAUCGGUGGGGGGUUGAAAUGGUAUGGGUAGGGGGGCUAUUCUGGAUGAGCGCCAAAAAAAGUACAGAAAAAGAUUUCCAAUUUUAAGAUUUGAAAUAGCCUAAUUUGUUUUUUUUUAAUUGUUCCCUGUUUUUGCUCCGUAAAUUUUAUGAAUCCAAAAAAGUUUUCAAUUUUUUAAUAAAAAAUUUUUACCUUUUUGGAAUAACAAAAAAAACAUUUUAGCAAAAUACAAACCCUAACAAUGCGGGAAUAUACCUCAGACUUAUGCCGACUGGUUUAGCAUAUUUACGUGAAAUUGGGAUGAAAGUGGUUAACGAUGAAGUACUUAAAAUCAGCCUACCGACCAUUACUGAAACUAUUGAGGCUGGUCAGGUAAGUUUUUAGAUAAAAUUUUAGGCUAGGUCUAUAGGUACUUGCAUAUAUCUUUUUUACACAAAUUUUUGUCCGAUCGGAUUUAAUUUGCAUAAAUUGAACCAUUUCAAUCCGAAUAUGGUCUACUUUCCAUAUUCGGUAUAUGUUUAAUUCGGGUAAUGAACCUUUGUCGUAUUUGAUUGUUUUACUGUUAUUUGAAUGUUAUUUUGAGUUGUAGUCUUGAGUUACGGCUUUAGUACACGUUUAUCUAAAUUGUCAAAAUAAUCUUUCGACAAAAGUUUUAUAAACGCCUAAUUAAUAAAAAUAACUGAAUAAACGUAAAAUACAGAUAAUUCCGUUUUUAUAGGUAUCUAUUUACAACGCUUAUGUAUCAAAAUAUUGGCCGCCAGUAGAAUAUGGUUUAGACCUGGUUGGUCCUGACGCUUUUACAUGGACUAUGUCGAAAAUGCAUUUACGGUAAUUUAUUGUUUAUAUUAAUAAUUAAACAAAAGUUAUUUUUUGUCUAAAAUUUUUUAAUUUUUUUUUUGCAUAUUAAGUCGAACAAUGUGUAAAAAACGCCUAUUGUAGUUUGUAAAUUUUACGUAACUUUGUUUUUACAAAAAGUUACAGAGCUGCAGGGAACUUCGACGCACGUUUAAAUGGUGCGCUUUUACUCCCUUCUGUACCGAUCAGCGGAGAAUUUGAAACUUUAUUAGGCCAUAUUUCUUUAACGAUAUCUGUGCGUAUGUUGAGGUAAGUUUGCAUAUAUGUAUUGGCAUUGUUGUAAGCACAAUUGUGAAUCUAAAGAGCAGGUUACUGUAGCACAAAUACUUGGUUUGCUUAAGUAAAACACUGAUAUUAAAACCUAUUGUCACGGUAAUUCUUUGUUACUAAAAAAUAUUUACCAAAUUAAAAAAGUUUUUAAAAGUUGAGAUUAUUAUAAAUUAGACGGUUUAUUUGCAUAGUGAAGGACCGCGACGGGAGCACCACAAGUUCAAUCAGCGUACUGUAACUCACAGAUUGGCUACGUAGAUCUUAAUGUUCGUAAUACCGGUGUCAUUACGGAUUUCUUCAUUAAUUCUUUUAAAGGUAAGUUGAGAAUAAAAUAGUUGUAUUAUAAGAAUAACUGUCAAUCCACAUACAGUGUAUUGAUAUUUUACAAAAUAAUCUUAAAUUCCAGCUUUUCUGAUAGCUAACUUCAAGCCAAUGGUAGAACAACGAAUGUGCCAAAUGAUUGAAAACGUAAUUAACCGCGAUAUGAAUGGAAUUCUGUCAACUAUGCCUUUAAAAAUCCGAAUAAACGAAGAUAAUCUCGAUAUCAUUGGCCAAACGUUUGGAUUGUCAGAUGCUCGACCAUUAAAUAGCUUCCAAAACAAAGGCCACCGUAACUUGUCACUUCUUAACUUCGUGAAUAACUUACGAGAAAAAAACUUGGUGCUCGAUUUUGCGUUGUUAAAUGCUCCAUUUGUAAGCCAAGGCACAGUACUCAUGAAGUCGAAGGGAGAAAUUUCUGCGUAAGAUUCUUGCUAUAUAAUUUCUCAUUGUAUUUUAAAAAUAUUUUUGUACAAUAACAUUUGAGGCCGUUGACAAAUGGAAACAGCUAAUUUUAGAAAAGGUCUUGGAGGAACUCCAUUCUUUCCCCCCAACGUUAAUAUACCACCCCCUCACGGUGAGUCGUAUUAAAUCUUUACGUGGUUUUUUACAUUGAAAUCUUAAUUUAUAUAAAAAAUGGGUUAAGAAUUCAAUAUUUUAAAGCUUAUUACAGGUGUCCACAUGGUUGAGUUUUUUGGUACUGACUACAUAGCUAACUCAAUGUUAUAUCACGCGUAUAAGCAGCGAUACAUGGACGUUACGGUAGGUCCGGAAUCUUCUACACAACUCAAGGAGGUUCUCCAUACGACUUGUCCGGAAGGUUUUUGUAUUGGUGAAUAUCUCGGUGCAUUAGGCGAAGAAUACCCUAACAGAGAAGUAGAAGUUAAGUUUUCGGCCAAAAAAGCACCAAUAUUAGUGUUUGUGGAAAACAGGGCCAGAUUCCGUUUGCAUGGUAGAAUGAAUAUGUACGUCAGGCCGUCCAAUUCUUCCCAAGUUAAAGUUCAGGCAAGGCGUUAUUUAAAAAAUUUGCUUCUACCUUUUUUACUAGGUUAUAUUGAUCUGCGAUUCUUCGAAAAAGUAAAAGAAAAAGACAUAAAAGUAACAAAAUAUUUUCAGGUUAUUCAAUCAGACACAACACUAACAGCUAAUGUAAAUUUGUGGAUAGAUAAGAUGAGAAUUGUUGGCAACGCGUCAAUCGAAAACCUUGAUUUUAAACUUAUUGAAUCGAAAGUUGCUGAUGUUGAUCAAGCAGUUUUUGGAGAUUUAGGUUUGUUUGGAGCGGAAUUUUUGGAGAAAUUGUUGACUGAAAUUUUACAAAUGGGUUUGGUAAUGCCUACGAUGAAAGGAGUUAUACUAAAAAGCCCGAAGUGAGUAGAGGUUUUUAAUGUGAAAUUUUACAUGUUGAAUAACAAAAAUUUUUAUUUAAAAAAUUUUUCCUGUCGUGUUACUUUUUUCUACCAGGAAAUGCAAAAAUUAUUUUCAGGUUGAGUAUACACGACCGGUAUAUUCAAGUCCAAACGUAUUUUAAGCUUGACGAAGGCUACGCCGAACGAUUGAUUCAGGGCGCAGUUCGCCAGACUUUAGUAAAUGUUGGGAAAUGA